CCCCGGGAUCUACGCCUAUGCAUUUGAAAGUCCGUGCUACCCAUUUGUAAGACUGUGCUACACAUUUACAAGACUGCGCUACCCAUUUGAAAAACUCCGCUAAAAAAUAGAUUCCUGUUUCUGCGCCUAGGGGGUUUAGUUGUUAUAGUGAUAGACAGGGGGCUCAGGAGAAUCAUGAGAACCCAUCUCAUAAAGUGCACUUACUCAAAAUCGAUGGGAAGUCAAGCCGUCAUCUAUGUGAAAUUAGUCGAAAUACAGGGCUCAAUUUCGUAGAUAAUAAAUAUGAACCAAUAUAAAUCAUAAUUUUAGGACAUAUCGAUAUUUAUUAGGCCUAUCCUUUUAAAUUUCGGAUGACCUAAGGUAAGACUACCAAAUCCAAAAAUACAACGGUCACCCGGGUGCACCCCCUUGGAUACAUUUCUAAUCAUCCCGGGAGAUUCUGAAAUAAACACAAUUUAUCAUAUUUUUCGAUGUUUCCUCUGUUAUUAUUCUGUGUAUGGAGACCCAUUCGAUAGUUUGUCAUGAUUUACUGUACCCGUAGUUCGCUUUUGGGAAUCCUGUCUGUGUUGUUUUUACUUUUACCGAGUUGUUUAUGUCAUAUUGGAGACGAAAUAAAUGGAAUGAAAUAUAAUGAAGUCCAACUAACAAAACUUAUAUAUUUUUAAAUGAAAAUCUAAAAUCCCGACUCAUCAUUUCCAUUGUUUUUACCAUCGUAAUAUGUUUUUACUCAAGUCAGUCUUCACUCUUGAUACAACCGCUGAGCAUAUUUCCAGAAUGAUAAUCGGCAUUACAAGUUAAUUCAUCUGUAUUACUUUUCUUUGAAUAACCGAAUGGGCCGAUUCGCGUAAAAUGUCCACAUAGGUUUCGGUAUACUGUACAAAAUACAAUGCCACACUGCGUACAAGAAAGUUAUCUUGGCCUGGUUACGUAACACCUAACUAAUCCUUCUAAUUGGUCACAGUAUUGCCAGGGAGUGUAGCGGAAGAUAUAAAAUAGUGUAGCAUUUUAGGCGUUCACAUUACAUCAGAAGUAUCAUGAUGUUAUAACUGAAUUAAACCAUUCAGGAUAGACAAGGCAAAAAUAUUUCGGAGCAACAAUUUUAUAAUUUCAGUAUGAAAAACAUUCAGCGGAUUGCUCGAAAAGAUGUAUCGAGGGACGAGACAAUUAGGAUGGCCUUAUGAUAUACCUGGACUUGAAAGAGAUGGGCAUCAUUAUGUAAUAGUAGCUGAUUCCAUGAAAUUUCUGGGCAUGUAUGCCGGGCUAAAGAAUAAGGGAUGGACAAGGUUUGAUAAAUUUGUAAAUGAAAACGGAAUGGUAGUUCGUCACAAUAUACAACCAAACCAAGCAGCACGUCGCACCCAUUUGAGUUUAUCGUACUUUGUAGUUUUACUUUUGAGUGGUGGGCAUCUACAGGACAAAGAAGACGCUAUCCUAAACUAUAAUGACGACAUCGAUGAAUAUAAAUUGAAAUUAUACACAUUGCGGGAAUUUGUCAGAGAAAGGUGCAUGGCAUCUCUUAUAAACGAACCAAUUGCUGCUGUUAUCAAUGAUGUGGAUGAGCGCGCUAAAAAGGCUAGAAUAUCAACAGGUUCAAUGAUUAGACGCGUUCAACACGACAACAAUCAGCCAAUGCCACAAACAUUGAUGCAGGUCGGAAACAGAAUUUCGCAGCGAAUUUCCGAACAAAGGAAAAAAAUAAAAGAGAUUGCAGCAACCAUACAUGGCGGAGACAAAUCCGACCUACUUGAAGCACUUGCUUGGGAUAUUUCGCGGCCCUCUAAAAACGAUGAAUGGGACGGUACACUAUCUGCCGAAGAUUUAAUAAAUGUACUGAAAAAAGGAAAAUCAUCAAGACAUGCAACAGAAUCCUUGUUUGACGAAAUUGUGAGGGAAAGAUUGCAGUUGUAUCAUGUGGAUGAGCAUGACUUACUGUUUCUUGAAGACACCGCCAAUGUUGUUGAGACAUUUAGAUGGCUAAGAAAGCGCAUUCCUAGAAUUCUGGCCUCGGAAAAGAAAGUUUAUGCUUUGAAAAAAAAAUAUAAGGCAGAAUUUGAAAAGAUUUUAAUGCCAACAUCUCUACCAGGGGGCUUAUACGUAGAUCCGUUUGCUUUACAUGAGGCAUUAAUGCAUGUGUACCACUAUGUGGAUGGCGAAGAGUGGUGGAGACUUUACGGAGACGCACGGAUAAUGGGGAGACGACAGACAACAGUGUUGGGCAUAACAAACGUCAAUAAUGAACAGGGCCUUAAAGGGAAAGGUUUCCACAGCCCAUACGAUUUUUGGAGAAUAGCAAUUUUUUACUUUGGUGAUGAAAGGGCGAACCUCGAAGCCAACUUAAAGAAAGGGGGCAGACGAUACCUAAAUGACUGGGUUAUCAGUAUGCAGGACCAAGGACACAAAGUGUUUGUAUCCUCAGACGCAAAAUUCCAAGAUGCAUUGCUCGGAGGAAAAAUCGGUCCUCUCACUGAUGAUGGUUUCAACAUAUAUAUGGAAACCAAAAAGGAAGACAAUAAACUUUUUGACGAAGUGACCGGACUACGGUCUAAGAUAAGAAAACCUAUACACAGAGACCACAUUGAGCGACUCAUAGACCUACCGGUUGAAAACUUUGGAAUCUGCAUUGACCAUGGAAUAACGAGAAUAGUAGAACAUCAGCUACGACUCGUUAUACAAGAAAUUCAUUCAACCACAUCUCUAGUUCCCGGUAAUACCGGAGUUGCUCUCCGCAGGGUACGACUGCAACACUUAGUCAACAACAUAAAGGCCCGCGGUGUUCACAGAAACAAAGAUGGUGGAUUUCACAUCACGUUCGAAAACGACCAACUAAAACAAAUUUCACUUAACAAGCCAUCAGCACAGCUCAUCGUGUAUCCUGCAACAAGUGACUUUUUUUCCUACGACACUGUACCUUUUCCGGAUAUCUUUGACAACGUCUUACCGGAUACACCGCAUGCGCGACAAUUACCCGAUGAUCUGCGCCGCAUCCUCAACUGGGCUUCUCCAACCAUCUCUGUCAAACAACUUCAGCAACAAAUUUUCUUUCAUCUAGCACACAUGUACAAAAUUUUGAGAAAUGAGCCCAUGACACUGCUUCCUGGUCGAGUGAAUGGAAGUACUUCAGCCGAUGAUUAUUCGUGGGGUCACUUAGCUGAUACAAUUAAUAAGUAUACUGAGCAUGCUGAUAAAUUUCACCGAUUAAUGCUGUUUAAGUAUGGCAAUGUAUUAACCGGAUACGAAAUGAAAUUCAUCGACGUAGUACCACAGCUACUGGAAAGGUAUCCUUUUCACUCUGUCAUGAGGCUUUCGACAGAACAAGGAGAGCGAACGCACUAUAUGGACAUGUGUCGAUUUUAUCAACAUUCGACACGCGGUGGUGGAUCGACCAAACAGGAUCCAAUUUCAAAAUUGUUUGAAUGGCAAUGGCGUAUGGUCCACCAUCGUAUUCGAGAAUGUCCAGUGGAAGUGCGGAAUCGUUUUGAACAGUUCAUCGCAACCAAAAUGCGUCCGCCAGUUGAAGAACUGGAUAAUGAUGGAGAUGCGAGACUAGUGCAUGAGAACACCAUACCAAAGGCCCUGGAAGGAAGAAGCAUCGUCAUAGUAGGAAGACUUUAUAAACAACAUGAAUCAAUAAAGGACCUAAUCCGUGAAAAUGGAGGAAGCGUUUGGUGGAGAGGAUUGCCAAAGGAUAAUAUACCUUUGCCGCAAUUUCUAGUAAUAACAACGCAAGCUGAAUGUGAUAAGGAUCCUCCUAAAGUUGUCACGGUGUUAGCUGAGUGCUUCAGAAGAGGUGUUGAAAUACUAAGUGAUGCACUACUUAGAAGUCUGGAAAAUGGUACAUUUACAUCACUAGAGAACUACAAGCUAGAUCUAAAUAGUCUGAAAAAUGCUCCAUACACAACAAUCCAGUCUGUGGCACCUGAUAACAGUAUUAACAACUACAACAGCAAAGGUCCGAGUGCAUACUGUAUGCUAAAACGAAAAGAACGACAAGACAGACAGCCUUUGCAACUGAUUUGUCAAAAUGCACAAACGAAAAGGAAACACCGAAAAUCAAACCAGGUUAAACGUAAAAGACUGUCAGGACAUAAUUUAUUCACCCGUUCUAGCAUGGCUCAGAUAAUGCAUGACCAGCCAGAACUACACUGCCCUGCUCUGAGAAAAGGCAUUAACUUAUGUGACUCUUGA